CUCAUGAUAAAGAAACUAUCAUGAGCUAGUGAUCAGCAAUUGAUUAUCACAAUCUUGAUUUUAAAACUUAAACUAUCACUACCGGUUUGUUUGGUUUGGUUUGUAAUAAUUUUUCGUUUUUCUUUUGCUUUUACAUUCAUUCGUCAAUCAAUUCGGCAAUCUAAAAUGCCGAUACCAGAGUAACAAAAUAUAAUCAAGACUACGAGGAUUUCUCACCGACGUUUAUCAAAUGCUACACUGAAACAGUAUAUUCCACCAGCAACACGAAUAUGCCAACAGAUCGCAGUGUUUCUUACACUCCACCGCCCGGUCCGUUGAAGAUUAAACACAUAAACGUAGUAAGUUUUGCGCAAAAUUCAAUCUCUUCCUCCGUAACAGAUGGCGGUACAGGAACGGGUAAUCCUACGAUAACCACGGUUGUGGUUAACUCUGCGCAAGGUAUACCAUUCAAAUCAACUGUUACAUUUUUUUGCGCCCCAUAAACAGCGCAGUUAGUAGAGCGCUCUGCAUGGCUUCUCUACGGAAGAGCAAAGUCGUUAUGAUCUUCACUUUCAAGGAGCGCUCCAAAUUCAGGACGAACCGGUUCACCAGCCACUUAGUUUCUCGAUUCCACCAAAACCACAAACUGGGACGCUUCCCUUCAAAACUUACCACCACCCAAAAACAUGACAACCUGCAUUGACCUAAUUUCCGAUGCAGUGAAACAAGCAGAAAAAGACGGCAUAAUUAUUUUGGAAACCAGCGCUUGACACGCACAUACACACACAUGGUCAAGUACACACGGAAUGGUCAAGAUCAAAGAGAAAGCAGAGCGCGAGCGUCUUGUGUUUUUGGUAGAGAAUAAAAAAAACAAGAAAAGAAGUACCCUUAUGGGUGUUGUUCUGAAGUCCUCAAUAAACUGUGUCCGACCUGCAAGUUGCCCGGUCAUGCGCAAGGAACGAUAGCAAGCAAAUUGGUGUCAUUUAAUUAGUCCAAAUUGAUCCCCAACGAUGCGUCUCGUUCGAAAAAUACAUUAUUUCUUGUGCAAAAAAAUCCCAAAACAAAAGUGAAAACCACACACUUUUCAACUGAUAACGCCGUUCAACGUCUGCGACCGCGAUAUAAAGCUGGUUCCCAUCGUUUCGACCCACUUCAGUACGAUCGUGAACGUGAAAAUAAAAUGUCCUGCCCAGCGUUACGGCUUACGUUAUCGGGCAGUUGGCUGUUGGUUGGGCUGCUCAUUGCGUGCGGAUCACUGCCCGGCCGGGCCCAACCGCCAGAGGCACUCAACUAUCCGAACGUUAUCACGUUUGGUUCGUUCUCCGGCACCAUCUGCUUCUCGAACUCCGUGCUCGUGAAAACGCUAACACCGCUCACCUCACGCACCUUUACUUUUACUCCGGCGACCGCUCUGACGUACGUCAUCUGCUACAACAAUCUGCUAUUGCAUCCGUUUGAUGCGCAACUCGUCGGCGGUGGUAUAGGCGCUACGACCCAGACCGGCAUUGUGCUUACCUCGGCGACCGGGAAGCUCGCUGCCAAUUGUGACGCUUACUGCAAGUAGAGAGCUAAAAAAACGGGGCUCUCGGCAUCAUCGCUCCAUUGAUUUUAGGGGAGCUUAUUGUACGGAGGAAUUGCGUCGACAAAUUCAAAUUAAGAGACGAUUGGUACAUCAUCACCAUACUUCUACAAAAGCAACGGGGAGUAUACGCUCGAGUAGUUUUAGCUGUAAAAUAAAA